CCAAUCAAGGCCGAGGGGCUAGGGUUUCUUCAGACAAUCAAGGCCCAAGGUUAACAUCUCUCUAGAAAUUCAAGGCCCGAGUUUAUGAUUUGCUAGAGAAAAUUGUGCGCCUGUCUUUUUCUAGGAAUUCAUUUUAACUUUCGCAACUAUGACGACGAUGCUAGCUUCCUGAGAAUUACUAGCAUCGUUUGGGUUUAGGGCUUUUCGAUGGCAAAGGAGAACGAAGCGGCUUUGCAAGCCACCGUCAAUGGAGACGAUACACUCACGAGAUCUCUACGAUGUCGUCCAGAGGGGAGCUUACUCAACCACUAUGGAGAAUUUCUUGGAUUGGAUUCCAAAUUCCUAAUAAUCCUGCGGCCAGUCAGUUUGUAGAGGCUUUGGCUAAAGCUUGGAUGGAAUUCAAUAACCCAAGGGCGGUAGUCAUGUUCGUGGUUCAGGCUGAUGAACGCAACAUGUAUGACCAACACUGGCAUUCUGCUCCAUUGAAAGAAAUACAUAAUGUAUCAACUCUUCGGAAAACAUUGGCAGAAAUUGACGCAGAGGGGGAGCUUCUACCAGAUGGAACACUUGCUGUGGGUGGCCAAGCAAUUGCAGUUGUGUUACACACCAAAUGAUUAUCCUACUGAAUCAGUAAGCAAGUCUUACUUUCCUGCUACUCAAAUACUGAUUCUUUUUCAAGAAGAAUGUGACAUUCUUCCUUGUAGCGGUGAGCUUCUGUUAUUCAGUAGCAGAAAAUGUAGUUACUUAUCCACAAAAAGGGUACAAAGUAGAAGAGUAAAUCUCUAGUCCAUAAAGGCAUAUGUAGAUCUGUUCUAUAUCUGUUGGGUGUGACUUUGGUGGGCUAAUCCUGCAUGUGUUUUUAUUUGUAUGAUUGGGCAUGUAAGUGUGAAUAUCUCUUGGAUGUUGUUCCAUACUUUUUACGCACACAAUCAUUAUUGUGCUUGCUUGUGUCUUUAUUUCGUUAGCUUGAUUUGAAAUAUGCUUAAGAUGAUAUUUAAAAGGCUACUUAUAAAAGAAAUAUGAUCCUUCGAUUGCAAAAAUGUGUCCUCAGAAUAUGAUGUCUAUUGUAUGGCUUUUAGUACCAUGUUUUUUUUUAAUUUGUAGGAGUGGAGAGCAAGGCUACUCAUGGAUUUGAGUUAUUCAAAUAGAUCCUAUCUUAUGUGGCGCCAAUGGGUAAUGGGUAACCCAUUGCCCAUUGCCCAUUGCCCAUCCCUACCUGCUUUACAAGUGGCGCCACAACACAGGGACAAGUAUGAUUUGAUGGAAGCGUAAUUUUCAAAAUUCAUACGAAUGACAAAAAAACGCUGGUCUCUUUGCAUUGCAGGCUCCAAAAUAUAGCAAGGAAUUCUUCAUGGGGUCUUGGACACACCCAAUCUGCAAUCUGGGUUUGAUUUAUUUUUAAUGACCUUGAACUCUCUCCAAUCACAAAUUAUGUUAAACCUUCUAUAUGAUAGAAUUUUACCACUCAUCUUUAGGACUGUAUUACUAAAUGGACACUGCUGACUUUCGUGAUCUGCAGAGAUCCGUAUCUGUGGUGGUCUUCUUUUGUGUGUCUGUGUGAAUGCUCAAACAUCCGGUUUCAUA